AUUUUCUGGCUAGUCAUUUUGGGUGAGAUAUUUAGUUGUUACAAUCUCUACUUUUAAGGCAUAUCCCACUUCCAACGUCUCCAACCAAAGAUUCCAACUCUAGAGCCUCAUUCUCUAUUUAAAAAAACAGAAAUACUCAAAAAACUCUUCAUCUUCGCUUAAAAAAUAAAAUGAUAAUAAUUAUUUGAACAUAUCAACGCAUAAUCAAAUAAGACCACAUUUUAAGUGCAAUUAGCUACGGUCAUUUAAUAACAUAGAUUAAAUUAGAGAAUGCAUAUGUAUGCAUGCAUGCAUGCAUACAUACAUACAAAUGUGAUUUGAUGAGUCCUAACUUUAUUUAAAUGGCUUUGCCAAAUUUAGUACAACAAUAAUUUUUAUGUGCAAUUUUAGAAUGUAUCAAUUAUGGGAGAAUUGAAAUUGGAUAUUUUUCUAUUUGUGUUUUCGCCAACCAUAAGUUACCUUAUUCAAAUACAUUGUGUGAAAUUUCCAUGCUGGCCAUUGAAAUCGUAGCUAUGCUACAAUCAUGUAGAUUGCCAACAAAUUUCAAAGCAAGCUGUAUAUUGCCAACAAAUUUGCUUCUCACAUUAAACCAUUCCAUUUAUUAAUCUUUUAUGCGCAAUUUUAGGAUGCAUUAAUUUUGGAAGAAUUGAAAUUGGAUAUGCUUGCCAUUCAAAUCAUAUAUAUAUAUAUAUAUAUAUGCUGGCCAACAAAUUUAAUUUGCUUCCCUCAUGAAACCAUUCCAUCUAUUUCUGCUAUGCUUGGACGAAUGGGAUGCAUCUACUUGAUAUUUGUGUAAAAUAUUAACGUAUGUCCAACAUAAUUAAAAUGGCAUUUCCUAGCAAUAGUUUCAUAUAUCAUCAAUAACGAAGUGUUAGACUUACAUCUUGAACAAAUUUCGAACCUGCAUGGAAAUGCUAUAAAAAGUAUAGUCCAGCUGGAAGUGGCGAUCACAACCUCUCUUCCAUGCAUAACCAAAUUACUUGCUCGCAAUAGAAUACCACAAAAGAGAGGAAACCUUUGAGCAGUUCCAUUCUUCCUGGAUCUCUUAAUUCUUCCUUCCACCUUAUAACACUCCUAUUAUAAACGGUCUUUUCUUCUCAGAGAAAAUAACACUUCUCAUUCCUCCUCUUUCUUGCUUUCUGAAAUAUUUUUCUUGGAGAAGAUGCGAGCCGGCGGCGACGGCGGCGGCGGCGACACGGCUGCGAAGAGACGAGGGUGCUCGUGCACCAAAGAAGACUUCCUUCCGGAGAAGUCUUUCGAGAGCUGGGCUAGCUACGGGCAGGCGCUCCGGGAGACCGGCAGCCGGCUCCGGGACCGGGUGACGGCCCGGUCGCUGGACGAGACGGAGCUGCACGAGGUGCGGGCGAGGAGCGGGCACGAGAUGAAGAAGAAUCUCUCCUGGUGGGAUCUCAUCUGGUUCGGCAUCGGCGCUGUCAUCGGUGCCGGAAUCUUCGUGCUCACCGGCCAGGAAGCCAACAAAGAGGCCGGCCCUGCCGUCGUCCUCUCCUACGUGAUCUCCGGGAUCUCCGCCAUGCUAUCCGUCUUCUGUUACACCGAGUUUGCUGUUGAGAUCCCGGUUGCAGGUGGUUCUUUCGCCUACCUCCGGGUGGAGCUGGGCGACUUCAUGGCGUUCAUCGCAGCCGGCAACAUCCUCCUCGAGUACGUCAUCGGUGGUGCUGCUGUCGCCCGCUCUUGGACCUCCUACUUCGCCACUCUCCUCAACCACAAACCCAACGACUUCCGCAUCCACGCCUCCGCCCUCGCCGCCGACUACAACCGCCUCGACCCCAUCGCCGUCGUCGUCAUCACCGCCGUCUGCCUCGCCGCCGUCCUCAGCACCAAGGCCACGUCCCGCUUCAACUACAUCGCCUCCAUCAUCCACGUGGCCAUCAUCCUCUUCAUCGUCGUCGCCGGUCUCACCAAGGCCGACGUCGCCAACUACACCCCCUUCGCCCCCUACGGCCCCCGCGGCAUCUUCUCGGCCUCCGCCGUGCUCUUCUUCGCAUACGUCGGCUUCGACGCCGUCUCCACCAUGGCCGAGGAGACCAGGAACCCUGCCAAGGACAUCCCCAUCGGCCUUGUCGGUGCCAUGACCGUCACCACCCUCGCCUACUGCAUCCUUGCCGUCACGCUCUGCCUGAUGCAGCCGUACAGCAACAUCGAUAUCGACGCGCCGUUCUCCGUCGCAUUCCAGGCCGUCGGAAUGGACUGGGCCAAGUACAUCGUCGCCUUCGGGGCGCUCAAGGGCAUGACGACGGUCCUCCUCGUGUCGGCCGUCGGCCAGGCGCGGUACCUCACCCACAUCGCUCGCACCCACAUGGUUCCGCCAUGGCUGGCGCAGGUGCACGGCAAGACCGGCACUCCGAUCAACGCCACCAUCGUCAUGCUCUGCGCGACCGCCAUCAUCGCCUUCUUCACCAAUCUAAGCAUCCUGUCCAACCUCCUAUCAAUCUCCACGCUGUUCAUCUUCAUGCUCGUCGCCGUGGCUCUUCUCGUCCGCCGCUACUACGUGAGCGGCGAGACCUCCGACUCCAACCGGAAUAAGCUGAUUGCUUGCAUUGUGCUCAUACUGGCAUCAUCCAUUGCGAUGGCGGCCUACUGGGGAGUGAGCGAGAAGGGGUGGAUUGGGUACGUGGUGACGGUGCCGAUAUGGUUCCUGUCGACGUUGUUCCUGCAUCUGGCCGUGCCCAGGGCGAGGAAGCCGAGGCUGUGGGGGGUGCCGAUGGUGCCAUGGCUGCCGUCGGCGUCGAUCGCGAUCAAUAUAUUCCUGCUGGGAUCGAUCGACAGGGAUUCGUUCGCGAGGUUUGGAGUCUGGACGGCACUCCUGCUGAUAUAUUACUUGUUUCUUGGCCUCCAUGCGUCCUACGACACGGCGAUGAUGGCCAAAAGCACCGCAGGGCCGACGAAGAGGUUGGAGGAGGGGAACGAUGGGCAGUAGCGGUCAGGAGAGGAAGUGAAGGGGAGGGGUGAAAAGAGCAGCGAAGUGUACGUGCCCCAUCAAUUUCCUAUUCCUUUCUUUGGCUUUUGAUGAGAAAAGAGAGAAUGUGUUACUGGAUUGUAAUUUUAGAUGGGGAGAUAAAGAACGUCUCGACUGGUUGGAUGUUCUGAUGUUUAAACGCUGGAAGUUUGUGUAUAGCAUUGAUAUUGGAAUGUCCAUGAUGGUUUUUACCAGUUGGUCCCAAAAUAACUGAAUCAAAAUUGGUAAGUUUCAUUCACCAUUCGCAAAGCUAUCGCACAUACACAUACCUGUCAGAUAAGUUCAUGUCAAGGUUUGAGUAGGUUCAUGUGCAAAGGGAAUAUCCAAGGCUUUGGAUGUUUAAAGCUCUCGGCAGUGUUCCCAUUGCCUUGAGACCUACUAAGAGCGCCUAUUGCAACAAUGAGCAUGAAGCUGUUUGUGAAGAAGGCGAGGAAGCCGAGGCUGUGGGGGGUUUCCAUUUCAGCGAACGUUUUCCUGCUGGGCUCGAUCGACGGGCAGUCGCACUUAAGGUUUGGGAUAUGGACAAUCGGGUUGCUGGUGUCCAACCUUCUCUUUGGGCUUCAUCCAUCGUAUGAAGCCGAUGUUAGCGAUGCAGGGAUAAGCAAGACGAACCAGCGAGAUAGAUGUUUUUCCAUGUAAUAAUAAGUGGAAAUUGAUUGGGAAUUGGAUGGUGGAGCUUACAGUGAGGGAAGAUUAUGCUGGAGCUUGCAAGACCUGUUAACACUUCCUGUUAACCAUAGUUCACACAACCAAUUUAUCUGAAGGACAUUUCAGUAAAUCUAAAAAGAUUAAAAAGCCUGAGAGACAGACUUCAAGAAUCCUGAUUUCUGAACUGUAAAAUGAUUCAAACUUCCCAAGAAACUGUUCCAUUGACAAAACCCUUCCAGCAUGCUCCUGGUUCUCAAUAUACAGACUUGGCUAUACAACAUCUCUCACAACUCGCAACAUAAUUUACACCAAA